AAGUCCGCUGGAAAAACCUGCUGAUUUUAGCUGUUCUGGCUAACAGUUCGCUGUCCGCCGACGUCCUGCCGGAGUGCCGCAGAGCAAAGAGCCGUGUAAUGUGAGGCGAUGCUCUCUCGGCCACCAUGCCCAGUGUCACGCUGCGGUACUUCUGUUAUGGUUGCCUUGUCACCUCAGCAACCUGGUCCGUCCUCCUCUUCCUCUACUUCUCCCUGGGGGCGGAGCCUAACAGGACCCCCAUUCAGCACCGCAGCCAGCCAAUCAGCAGAAGCUUAUCUGACCACAGGGCGGGGCGUCGGCCUCCUGCAGCCAGUAGGGGGGCGGAGCUAUCGUCAGAGAUGGGGAUGAUCUUUAAUGAAGCGGAUCAGGAGRUUCGGGACACCGGAUACCAUCGCCACGCCUUCAAUGUCCUGAUCUCCAACAGACUGGGGUACCACCGAGACCUGCCAGACACCAGAGACCCACAGUGUCAGAAGAGGUCCUACCCUCAGGCUCUACCUUCUGCCAGCGUAGUGAUCUGUUUCUUCAACGAGGCGUUCUCCGCCCUGCUCAGGACCAUCCACAGUGUUCUGGACAGAACCCCGACCUACCUGCUGCACGAGAUCAUCCUGGUGGACGACCACAGCGAGCUGGAGGAGCUGAAGGAUGACCUGGACAGGUACAUCAGGAUGGAGCUGCAGCCUAAAGUCCACCUGGUGAGGAACCAGAGGAGGGAAGGACUCAUCAGAGGACGUAUGAUAGGAGCCUCCCACGCCACAGGUGAAGUCCUGGUCUUCCUGGACAGCCACUGUGAGGUGAACCAGGUGUGGCUGCAGCCCCUGCUGGCUCCGAUCCAGCAGGACCGGCGCACCGUGGUCUGCCCCGUCAUCGACAUCAUCUCUGCCGACACCCUCACCUACUCGCCCUCCCCCAUCGUCAGGGGGGGCUUUAACUGGGGGCUCCACUUCAAAUGGGACCCUGUACCCCCCUCAGAACUGAACGAGCCUGAGGGGGCCUCUGGACCCAUAAGGUCUCCCACCAUGGCCGGUGGUCUGUUCGCCAUGAACAGGAAGUAUUUUAACGAGCUCGGCCAGUACGAUGCUGGGAUGGAUAUCUGGGGUGGAGAGAACCUGGAGAUCUCCUUCAGGAUCUGGAUGUGUGGUGGUCAGCUCCUCAUCAUCCCCUGCUCCAGAGUGGGUCACAUCUUCAGGAAGAGACGUCCCUACGGCUCCCCUGGUGGACAGGACACCAUGGCUCACAACUCUCUGCGGCUGGCACACGUGUGGAUGGAUGAGUACAAGGAGCAGUUCCUGUCUCUGCGUCCAGAGCUGCGUGAGCGAGGUUACGGUGACAUCAGUGAGCGUGUGGCGCUCAGGAAGCAGCUGCAGUGUCACUCGUUCCGCUGGUACCUGGACACGGUUUACCCCGAGAUGCAGGCGGUGGCCAAGGGCAACAAGCAGCAGGCGCUGUUCAUCAACAAGGGCCUAAAGAGGCCGAAAGUCCUGCAGCGAGGGCGGCUCAGGAACCUGGCAACCAGCCGCUGUCUGGUGGCCCAGGGUCGGGUCAGUCAGAAGGGCGGGGCCGUUGUCCUCAGACCAUGUGACUCAAGGGACAGUGAGCAG